AUCGUAAAGACAGAAUCCAAUGAGAGCAAGGCAGAGGUUGCUCCGGGAGACGCGGGGAGAUCGGCCUAGCACCGCGCGGGAUACAAUUGUUGGGGGAAAUUAGGGAGCUGGGCAUUUGGCUUUGGAGCGCCAAUUGAGUCCGAGGAUCAGAGCGGGUGACGGGCCUUCUGUGGGACAGCGGCCUGGAACCGAUCCCCGGCCUGCAGGGUGGAAGCAGGCCUGGGAUCCCCGGGCGUUAACUCAUUCUGCAAAUUGAAAGGGCGACUGGCUGCAUUGGGAGAUAGCGAGUGGUACGCUGCUUUUGGCUGUGUCUCCGCUUACUGUACUGAGACAGUACUGUAUUGCAUUGGAAUCCACUGCAUUGUACUGGGUAACAUUUAGCAGAGACCCUUGCAUUGCUCUGCCUUCCGGGGUAUUGCUUUGAAAUAUUUUGUGUAGAUUGAAACGUAUUUUGCCUUUUUGAGUUUAAAAUUUCCAAUAGCAGGCGAGCAGAAUUCUGCAGCUAUCCAAAGACUUUGAUUUGACACCAUCUACGUAUCUAUCUUGUGGCGUUUGCUUGCUCGCUGGUUCUGAUUCGGUCUAGGGAAAGUAGACUGUUUCAUCAGAAUGACCUCUGCAUCUACAAAGGUGGGCGAGAUAUUCUCUGCAGCCGGUGCUGCCUUCACCAAGCUAGGAGAGUUGACCAUGCAGCUUCACCCGGUGGCCGAUUCCUCGCCGGCUGGUGCCAAGUGGACGGACACAGAGAUUGAGAUGCUGCGCUCGGCUGUUAAGCGCUUCGGAGAGGAUUUAAACAAAAUCAGCACCGUCAUCAAAGACCGUACAGUAGCUCAGAUCAAGACCACAGUGAAGAGGAAGGUCUACGAGGACAGUAGUGUGCCACUCCCUUCGGAGUCCCCCAAGAAGGCCCAUAAGAAGGUGGCAACCCCUGCGGCAACCACUGGCGCUCCAACAAGCACUACACCGCCCACAGCGACCGUGGGGUCCGGGAAUGUGGCCUCCACAGACUCGACAGGAGCGAAGAAGCAGAAGCCAUCAGAUGUGACCCUCAGUGCCCUGAAUGACUCUGAUGUCAACAGUGACCUGGUGGACAUUGAAGGCCUGGGUGACAGCUCGCCAGCUAAGAAGCUCAAUUUUGACCAGGUCUGAGCCUCGAUUCCAGUCUCAUCAUGAGCACCUCAGACACCCCACUCCCGUCUCGCUGAAUUACCCAUCCCCCACCACCUUCUCCUCCUCCUCUCUACUCUACCGGCCCCCUCACUCGCAGAGGGAGCCCCUCUCCUCCUGUCAGCCAGGAGGUCAGCCAGCAGAAUUCAGUCCAGUGCCAGCAAAGACCAUAGCCGAGCUGACCAACUCCGACUGACGCUGCAUGUCGCUCAAUUCCAAGGAGCACCGUUGAUGACUGUUUGACCACCAUUGCAAUGGGAUUUUAUUUCAGAGGUGUAUGGACGGAUUUUUCAAUUAAAGCAAAAACUACUUAC